CCGAAGCUUCUCACUAGUAAAUGGCGGCUCCCUCCUCCACCGCCGCCACCAUCAUCAGCUCCUGCUGCCGCCUCGGGCCUCCCGCUCCGCCCGAACAAGCCGCUGCAGGCGCUCGCAGGACGCAGGCGCCGGCAGCAGGCGUGUCGGCGUCGCACGCGCUGCGCGGGGCGUGCGUGGCAGCCGCGGCGUGCGCGGCGAUGGGGAUGGCGGGCGGCGGCGACAUAGCGCUGGCGCGGGACGGGGCAUCCGUCGCCGCGUGGACCGACGCCAUGGGCGCCGCGCGCACCAAGGCGCCGGCGCCGGCGCGGUGGAGCGAGCGCAGGCAGUGCCCGCCGUGGCGCGCCAACUCGCUGGAGAACGUCGUGCCCGAGAACCUGCCCCGCCCGCCCGCGCCCAGGAGGUUCGACAGCGUCUCGGUCUCGGCCGCCGCGCCGGACUUGGUGGCGCCGCCGUCCUCUGUCCUCGCGGCGGUGCGCCCCGGCACGGGCUGCUUCUCGCUCUGACGCGCCGCGGGCAACUGUGGAGAUCGGAGGUUGUAAGAAAAAAAAAGCGACAAAUGUGGAAAUUGGAAAACGCAAUAUGUACACUAUAGGUUUUAUUGUCUCAGUAUCUCAUGAAUUCUUGCCGGCAACUUUUGUGUUGAUGGAAGUAAUUUGCCCAUACACCACUACUACUACUACUUGCUUGCACAUGAGCAAAUUUUG